AUGAACUAACAAAGAUGUCCCAAUAAGUAGCACAAUUUAUACAGGCAUCAAGCAAUAAGAUAUAAAGACGACACUAUCAUAGAUUCGACCCACACUAAAUCAUAAACUUCAGAUUAGAAAAUGUCAAAGAUCUCUGAAAUCAAAGUUGUAAAUGAUUUUUCAGUAGAUUCAUAAUGUUUAGAUCGCAGCAGUAUAUUGGAACAAUCAUUGGAGAACGAUUUGCGUUAAUGGCAAUAAGCCUAUAAGAUAGAUAAUUUGAUUGUCUAAAAAUUAGAAAAAGAUAUAAAGGACAUUGAUAAUUAGAUAGUUUAGAUAGCAACUCAAUUUGAUGUUUGCAUGAACUUACAGCAAAAAACUGAAGCAAAAUUUAAAGAGUUUUAACAACUUAUGAAAGGUACCUAAUUCAUCAAAUUUUCCCGUUCUAAUUGCAAGAAAUGGGAUUAAAGAAUGAUAUUUUAUUGUUCAUUCUUAGAUUCAAUUUGUUGGAAGUCUAAAACUUCAAAAUUUCCAUCAGCCAAAUAAACUAUCCCCAUAGAUUAAAUCAUAUAGAUUCAUACAAAUUACAAUAAAUAUAAAUUGAUAAAGAAGAAUUUUGUUCUACCCCCAAAUGCUGAAUAGGAUUGUUUUUUGGCAAUUGAAGCUAAGAAUGGAAUUCGAUUAGAAUUAUUGGCAGAAAACAAAGAGGACUAAUUUUUGUAUGCUAAAAUUUUAAAUCUACUGAUAAACAAGGAUAGAUGUGUUAAAAACUAAAAUCAAUUCAUAAUUGAACAAUAUAGUGUGGAUAUUAAUCUAAUAAGAAAAAAUUUAGAAGGAUCUAAAAAGAACUUCUUAGAAACAAUAGAUAAGUUACAGCAAAGUUUUAUAUCGACUACUUCUACACUAUUGAAAUAGGAGAAAGAAAAAACAAAAACAAUUAAAAAAAAGUCUUAGCAUUAUGUGUUUUAGAGUAAACUUUAAUUGGAGGAUAUUAAUAAGGAAAAUAAAAUAUAGAAGAAAUAAAUAAAAGAAUUACAAUUGGAAAAUGAUUAUUUGGAGAGCAGAAUAGAAUAAUUAUAAGAAUAUUACACUUAAAGAUAGUUAUAAAUAAAGAGUUCAACUAAUCCUCAGUAGGUUCAGUUAUAUCAAAUAAUCAAAGAUAUAAUCGGAAUGAAUGGGGAUCAAAGCAUUCACAAUGAAUCUCAAUAUGAAUAUCAGCCUUAAGAUUAUCAUGAAGAAAACGUUAAAAACUUACAAAAGCUUUCUGCUCUAUAUGACCGAUAACAGAGUACUGAAAUAGAAUUAAGACAAUAUCUUAAGGAGUUGUAGGAGGAGAAAUCUUAAAUAGCCACCCAAUUAUAAUAAUCGUAAUUUGAUUUACAUGAAUAGGAAAUGUAUAUCAUAGAAUUAGAGAAUAUUAACAAUCUAUUAUAAACUAAAUUAUAGGAUGUGAACUAAGUGUUAGAAUUCAAAGAAUAGCAGUUUUCUAAUUUAGUUUAGGAUAUGCAAAAAUUGUAACAAGAAAUUCCUAAAUUAAUGAAUAAUAAUCAUUAAUAAUCUGUGAACACUGAAACCAGAAGACUCUAGACUGAGAAUGAUAAAUUAAAGGAUACUAUCUAAAAUAAAAUAAGGGAGCUAAAAAAUUAAAUGAUAAAAGAAGAAUAGAAUUGGAUGAAUUUCUUUGUCUAAAUAAUCUCUUACAUUUGUUAUCACAUUGCUCCAGAUGACUUAUCAUCUGAUAUAAAUAUUACUAUUCAAGGACUCUAUUAUAAGUUGUGUGAUAAGGCCUAUGGAGAGUCGUAAAUCUAGUUGGAUAAUUUGAUGAAUUCUAUUAAGUAAAAGGCAAAUUUCUUUUAAAAACAAUACAAAGAGUAGUUUGAAUAAAUGUUUAAGGAUCAGUAAGCAAUAUUGUGUAGUUUGGCAUCAAGAUUGCCAUCUCCAAAAACUACGAAUUCAAGAUAAUCAUCUCAUUAAACGUUACAUUUAGACAAGACAUUUUAGUCUCCGAGUAGGGUUUUCGUAAAAAAUAAGGCUAAAUUGACGAAAGAUAAUCAUCCCUUGGAUUCCAUUUAAAUACAAUAUUUGACUUAAUUAAUUAAAUGA